AUGGCGCCGGUGGGUGGGGGCGGGCACCCGGGCGGCGGGCCGGCCCGAGGGCGCCUCCUCCUGGCAGCGCUGGCGCUGCCGGUGCUGCUGUGGGCGCGGGGGGCCCGGGGCCAGGGCACCCCGCCGCGGGGCACGAUCCUGGGCAUGAGGCUGGCGAGCUGCAACAAGUCGUGUGGGAUGGACGAGAACGGCAUCAUCUUCGUGUCCGAGGGCAGCACGGUGAACCUGCGGCUGUAUGGACAGAGCCUGGGUGAAGUCUCCAGCAACCUGAUCUCCUUCACCGAGGUGGACAACGCUGAGGCCGCCCGCAACUCCACUAACUGCCUGGAGCUCACCAAGGACCUGGUGGUCCAGAAGCUGGUCAACGUGAGCCGCGGGAACACGUCCGGGAUGCUCGUGGUGCUUACCAAGUUCCUGCGGCGCAGCGAGAACAUGAAGCUGUACGCGCUGUGCACCCGGACCCACGCCGGGGAACCCUGGGUCAAGUGGACCGACAAGGACUCUCUGCUCUUUAUGGUGGAGGAGACCGGGAGGCUCCUGCCCCUCUGGCUGCACAUCUUGCUCAUCACGGUGCUGUUGGUGCUGUCGGGGAUCUUUUCGGGCCUCAACCUGGGCCUCAUGGCCCUGGACCCCAUGGAACUGCGCAUUGUGCAGAACUGCGGCACUGACAAGGAGAAGCGCUACGCGCGCAAGAUCGAGCCCAUCCGGCGCAAAGGCAACUACCUGCUGUGCUCGCUGCUCCUGGGCAACGUCCUGGUCAACACCUCCCUCACCAUCCUCCUGGACAACCUCAUCGGCUCGGGCCUCAUGGCGGUGGCCUCUUCCACCAUUGGCAUCGUCAUCUUUGGCGAGAUCUUACCUCAGGCCCUGUGCUCCCGGCAUGGGCUGGCCGUGGGCGCCAACACCAUCAUCCUCACCAAAUGCUUCAUGUUCCUCACCUUCCCCCUCAGCUACCCCAUCAGCAAGCUCCUGGACUUCUUCCUGGGCCAGGAGAUCCGCACGGUCUACAACCGGGAGAAGCUGAUGGAGAUGUUGAAGGUGACGGAACCCUACAACGACCUGGUCAAGGAAGAGCUCAACAUGAUCCAGGGGGCCCUGGAGCUGCGCACCAAGACGGUGGAGGACAUCAUGACGCAGCUCCAGGACUGCUUCAUGAUCCGCAGCGACGCCAUCCUGGACUUCAACACCAUGUCCGAGAUCAUGGAGAGCGGGUAUACCCGCAUCCCCGUGUACGAGGACGAGCAGUCCAACAUCGUGGACAUCCUCUACGUCAAGGACCUGGCCUUCGUGGACCCCGAUGACUGCACCCCCCUCAAGACCAUCACCCGCUUCUAUAACCACCCGGUGCACUUCGUCUUCCACGACACCAAGCUGGAUGCCAUGCUGGAGGAGUUCAAGAAGGGCAAGUCCCACCUGGCCAUCGUGCAGAAGGUCAACAACGAGGGUGAGGGAGACCCCUUCUACGAGGUCCUGGGCCUGGUCACCCUGGAGGACGUCAUUGAGGAGAUCAUCAAGUCUGAGAUCCUGGACGAGUCGGACAUGUACACCGACAACCGGAGCCGGAAACGAGUGUCUGAGAAGAACAAGCGUGACUUCUCAGCCUUCAAGGAUGCUGACAAUGAACUCAAAGUGAAAAUCUCACCCCAGCUCCUCCUGGCUGCUCAUCGCUUCCUAGCCACAGAGGUCCCCCAGUUCAGCCCCUCACUGAUAUCAGAGAAGAUCCUGCUGCGGCUGCUCAAGUACCCAGACGUCAUUCAGGAGCUCAAGUUUGAUGAGCACAAUAAGUACUACGUCCGCCACUACCUGUAUACCCGGAAUAAGCCUGCCGACUACUUCAUCCUCAUCCUGCAGGGGAAGGUGGAGGUGGAGGCAGGAAAAGAGAACAUGAAGUUCGAGACGGGUGCCUUCUCCUACUAUGGGACCAUGGCUCUGGCCUCCGUCCCCUCUGACCGGUCCCCGGCCCACCCCAUGCCCCUUAGCCGCUCGGCCUCCCUCAGUUACCCGGACCGCCCAGAUGCCACGACCACCACCACCACCACCACCACCACAACCCCAACCCCUUCUCCCUUGACGGGCAGCAGCAACCAGUUCGGCAGCUCUGUCCUGGGCCAGUAUGUCUCCGACUUCAGCGUGCGGGCGCUGAUGGACCUGCAGUACAUUAAGGUGAGUGCCUCUUGGGCCCUCCGUGCAGUCACCUGUUUGCAUCACUCUGCUCCAGAACCGGCUGCCUGCUGCCUUGGGAGCUCAGGCUUCUUGCCUCCCUCGAGCCUCGCUCUCAGCAAAGGGGUCCCCGGAGGUUUGGCUCUGCUCCUCCUGGUUGUGUCCUCUCAUCCUGUCGGCCCAGUGCUGGUGUGGGGGUGUGCCUGCCAGCAGGAGUGCUGCAGGGCCUCACCCCCUCCUCCCGCAGAUCACGCGGCAACAGUACCAGAAUGGGCUGCUGGCCUCACGCAUGGAGAACAGCCCACAGUCCCCCGUGGAUGGGCACACCACCUGCAUGGACAACUUUGCCGAGAAGUGCGAGCUGCCAGUGGUGGAUGAGACUACGACACUUCUCAACGAACGCAACUUCUUGCUACACAGAGGCUCCCAUGAGAGUGUCAUCUGACAGGAGGGCCCGGGGUCCCCCGCCUGCCCUGCGGGGGCCUCCCCAGUGGGCCCGCAUCAAGAGAGGGAGCCUGUGCAGCCGGAAGGGUAGACGGCCCAGCCAACUGGGCAGCCACUCAAGUGGGGCUCUCUGACCAGCUCAGAGGUGUCCACGGCUACCCUGGCCUGGACUGCUGGGACAAUGGGCUGGCUACUAUGAGCAAAGGCUUUUUUUUUUUUUUACUGGAUUUCUAAGUGGGACUCAUUGCUCCUCUUUUUAAGUAUCAUUUUGGGAAGGGUUGACAGGGUUAAGGAACUUUAUUUAAAAAAAAAAAAUUUUUUUUAAAUAUUUAGAAAGGGGGAGGGUUAUCUCACCCCAGGAAGCAACAGCCAUAACGUGCUUCCAGCUGUGACUUUCCAGCUUGUGUCCCUGACUCAGGGAGCCCCCGACCCCCUUUCACUUCUGCCUCCACCGUGCUGCCAACAACCCGCAGAGGUCAGAAGCCCAGAACCCUCUGGAGGCCAGUUGACUCUUGGGAAGGAGGCAGCUGUCCCCCCAAGAAGCACCAGAACCAAAUGACGUUGCGGUCGGCUGCCUGGACACGGGCCUUGAGGCUUGUCGGAAGUCACCAAGGCCGAGGGACUUCUGGAUAACCGUGAUCAGGGAUGCAGUGAGCUAGCUGCAGCCUCCCAGGCUCUCCCAGUGAGUUGGGGGCCUGGCCGGGACUCUGUCCUGGAGACGGCAUCCUCCUGAGACUGGGCCACACUCAGAUCAUCAGGCAGGGCCUCAGACCUUCCCCGCUGCUGCCUCCUCGACCCAGGCCCUGCCCUCACUUGUACCAAAGGUUGCCCCCCUCGGUGCGGUAGGUGUCUUCGACAAUGGAGGUGACUUGGCUGGGUGGCCCUGGUCCUAGGUGUCUGUGUUGUUAGCAGCAAAUUGCCCCUUCACCCUACCAUCUCUCAAGGAGUCAAGGCCCCCAGCUCGACUCCCUGUUUCCAGUCCCCAAACCUCAAUCCCUCCUGGGGGUUGGGGAUGAGACGACAUACUGGUAGUUGCCACCUCAGCAAGUUCUUGGGGUUCUUUCCUCUGCGGCUGCCCAGAGGCUCACCUGAUGUCCUUCACCAGCCCUUGGAACCCUGGAGAAGAGUUCUGCUAAAGGCAUGCAGCUGGCAGCCCCCUUUCUUGGCACCUUUGCCCUGUCCCGGGGCUCUAGACUUCCACUGUGGGGAGGCUGUGGGACCAAGGGCUGUGAUGGCCCUUCUGUUGUCAGGUACAACAGGAGCUUGGACCUGGAAUCCAGGUGAAAGGGGUUCGCAGCCCACCGCCACCACUACCACCACCAAGUAGUGUUCACGCACUCCUUUCUUCAAUCAGUGGAGUCCUGUCACCCCAAGUGCUCUGCUUUCCAGGUACCUGGAGAAUCUUAAUUGCUGGGACUGGACUAUGUCUCACACCGAAGUCCACUGCACCUGACCAGUCUCAGAAUUGACUCCAAGAAGCCUGAAUGGAAGGUGGUGUGACAUCCAUGGGUCCUUAGCCUUAAGGACAAAAAAAAAAAAAAGACGCCAGACUUCUGGUCCCUGGGGGGAGAACCCCUUUGUUUGCUACAGGAGCAGCUUGUUCCCCUGUCUUUACGAGAGCUGGCAGAGCCGAGUGCUGGGCACAGCCAGACACACUGGCCCCAACCAUGUGGGUGUGUGUGGAGCAGGAGCGGGUGCACACGCCUCACAGCUACCUCUCUGCACACACACAGCUUCUUCUAACAGACGGUCCUUCCCCUUUCCCUGCCCCCAUUACAAUCACUUUUCGCAGAGGGUCAUAAUUCUUUCCAAAUAUUACUGGUCCGAUGACUUCCUCCUCCCAGUGCAAUUUUUUUUUUCUUUCCACUUCCUAUUCCAACCUCUAGUUCCUGGGCUGAGCCAUACCCUGGACCUGGCCCACCCUGCUUGUCUUCCCUGUAAGGGAAAACUUCGCAACCGGUAUCCAAAUGGGUAGGCAAGUCACAGCCACGGUAGCAAAUAACUCCUAUUUAUUUUGCAUAAGAUUUUAAUUUGUAUAUUUUUGUGAUUUAUUUUGGCAUCGUUAUGAGUUUGACUCUCGGGGAGUUUCGUUGUUAUGCCUCUUGUGUCUUUUGUCACAAAACUGAUAAUAUUUGCUAAACAAUAUAUGGAAUUUAUUUUUGAUUGGUAAUAAAAGAUGAAAUAUAUAUA